GAUUGCCCUGGGAAGCAGACAAGGGAGAGAGGGAAUCGUCCGCCUUGCCUAGCAUUCCUCUCUAACACUUGCAGGUUCACCGAGCUGCUGUUCCCUGGGAUAGCAUCACGUGCUAGGAUCUCUCCCUCUCGUUGCCACAAUGGCGACCGCCAUGGCAUCCUCCCUCUCUCUGGGACUCUCAUCCCUCUCCCUCGCGCCUAAGCCCGUCGACGGCCCGGCUACCGCGCGUCCCCUCAGCUUCUCCGCGAGCUCCCUCCGCGGAUCCGCGCUCUCCCUGUCCGCCUCCGCGUCCCGCCAGCGCGCGGAAGCGUCGUUCGUGUGCAAGGCCGCGUACGCGGACACGGAAGGCGAGCAGGAGGAGAGCGAGGAGGACAUUCGCGCGGGCUACGAGGCCCUUUACGGAAAGCCCUUCGGCGUCGUGAAGGACUCUAAGAGCUUCUCGGCGUCCGAUGAGGACGACGAGGAGGCUCCCGCGCGCAGGCAGCGCAGGGGCGCGCGGACCGGCGGCGACUCCGACAACAGCAGCGAGGGCGGCAGCGGCGGCGGCGGUCGCGGCGGCCGGCGCGGGCUCCAGGCGUCCGACGGCAUGUCGGAGCGCGUGCUGCAGGUGCGCCGCGUGACCAAGGUCGUGAAGGGUGGCAAGCAGCUCUCGUUCCGGGCAGUAGUCGUUGUCGGGGACCGCGGGGGCCAGGUCGGAGUGGGCGUCGGAAAGGCGAAGGAGGUUUCGACUGCCGUCCAGAAAGCAGUCAAGGACGCGCGCCGGCACAUGGUGCGCGUUCCCAUGACCAAGUACCGCACGUUCCCGCACCGCUCCGACGGGCACUUCGGCGCGGCGGCGGUGAUGCUGCGGCCCGCGGCGACCGGAACGGGCGUGAUUGCGGGAGGAGCUGUGCGCGUGGUGCUGGAGCUGGCGGGGCUGGAGAACGCGCUGGGGAAGUCGCUGGGGAGCCCGAACCCCCUGAACAAUGCGCGCGCCGUGCUAGACGCGGUGAGCAAGAUGAAGCAGUUUAAGGAGGUGUCGGAGGAGCGGAACAUUCCCAUGGAGGUGCUCUGGCAAUGAACGACUCGGCGGGCGACGAGCGGGUGAGGAGGAGCGGGAGGGGGCAGCGGGAGGGGGGAGCGGGGGAGUAAGGGGUGAGGGGAAUGCGGAUGCUGAAGGCGGAGAGGCGGAGCAGGCGAGAGCAGGUGGAGCUGAGAGUGUUGGUCGCUGGCGGCUAGUUAGCGGCAGCGCUAUGGCAGUAUUGUUGGGAUUGGUACGGCAGGAUAUUCGGUAGGCGGGGUGGCGGCUCCUGGAAGGAUCCUGUAGCAGUCGGUAGUGGUCCUCGGAGGUUAGUUCUUCAGGAUUCGUUCGGGAUCGUAGUUCCAUCAGGAUCCGAUUCGGGUUGACCCUGCUUCCUCGUCACUCGCUCAUGGACAGUUGCUGGCUUACGCAAUAUAAUACAGGUUGCAAUGUUAUCCUUUUCCACCCUUAGUCCGUCUCCAUUCUCCCCCAGUUCCUUCCUCCCGCGCUCCCCUCCCUUCCGUUCCCUCGCUUUCUGCCUUUCCUCCUUCUGGUGUCCACCUCCCACUGACGAACAGUCAAGAGGUUUUUAGGACAAUUCCUUGUAAGAAUCGUGCGUGUGCAUCCCCUCAAUUUCCGUUCUUUUACUUUAUAGCUGC